AUGGCAGAGAUGGAAAAAGAGGGCAGACCCCCUGAAAAUAAAAGAAGCAGAAAACCGGCUCACCCGGUGAAAAGGGAAAUCAACGAAGAAAUGAAGGUUCGAGAUGAGCGGGCCCACCCAUGGGCAGGAAAGGCGGGUGAUCUCCAUGGCAACCCGCCCUACUCCAUGAGUUUUGCAGAGAACACCAUGAAUGAGCUGCUUGGCUGGUAUGGCUAUGACAAGGUGGACCUGAGAGUCCAGGACAACAUCGACAUACGGAACUACCCAGAUGGAGAGGCACAACAACACAUCUCUGUCCUGAAAGAAAACUCUUUACCAAAAAUCCCAGGAGGAUCGGGGGAGAAUAGUGAUGUCUCCCCAAACCAAGCCAAUAGCUCCCACUCUACACCGAUAUUGAGGAACGGAGUGACAGAGUCCUCCACCACCCCGUCCACCUCCACACCCAGCACCAGGGAGCAUGGGAACAUGCCCAUCAUAGUUCCACUGAUCCCACCCCCCAUGAUCAAGCCACCAGCAGACGAGGAUGUGUCUAACGUCCAGAUCAUGUGCGCAUGGUGUCAGAAGGUUGGCGUCAAACGCUAUUCCCUCAACAUGGGCACUGAGCUGAAGAGCUUCUGCAGUGAGAAAUGCUUUGCCGCCUGCCGCAGAGCCUACUUCAAGAGAAACAAGCUUGGAUAUGUAAGGAAUUACAGUGCGAGAGACGAAGACGGCCGUGGUGAGAAAUUACCCCAGCACAGCUAUUCUAAGGAUACGCCCAGGCUUGUCUUCAAGACAAACAGCGAUGUGCUUGUGUGUGACUGGUGCAAACACAUCCGCCACACCAAGGAGUACCUGGACUUUGGUGCUGGUGAACGGAGGCUCCAGUUCUGCAGUGCCAAAUGCCUGAACCAGUACAAGAUGGACAUCUUCUACAAAGAGACUCAGGCGGCGCUGCCAGGGGGCCUGUGUAACCCAGGACACGGCCCUGUGGAGGGCAAGUCGGAGAGCAGCACCGGGGCGCAGCUCCUCACCCCCGAGUCCUGGGGCACGCCCUUGGGUGACUUACGCCGCAAAGCCCCUUCCCCUGGGGGAAACCCCUCUGUGCCAGUCCCCUCCAGCUCCACCGCUGCCUCUCCCUCUGAGACAGGCACUGUCUGCUCCCCUUCCUCCAAAAACCCCACUCCCAGACCCCACGAGAGCCCCACCUUACCCCCUCCCCCACACCCCUCUCUGCACUCUCCCAUGGGAGUCCCCUUGGGUAGCCCCCCAAUGGUGAUGACGCCCCGGGGACCAGUGCCCCUGCCCUUCUUCAUGGAGCACCAGAUGAUGCAGCAGAUGCGGCCACCUUUCCUCCGCCCACCUCCCCACGGCCCAGGCCCUAACAGCCCCCUGUCCAACCCCAUGAUCCCUGGCAUCGGACCACCACCACCCCCGCCGAGAACCCUGGGUCCACCAUCCAGCCCUAUGCACAGGACACAGUUCUCAUCCCACCACCAUCCCUCCAACAACCCCAACCUGGUAGGGAACCCCCCAGGGAUGAUGCCACCCCAUCCAGGCCUACACAUACCCGGUUUUCCCUUCCACUCCAACAUGAUGCCAAACGGGCCCAUGCUUAUGCCACCCAUGAUGAACUUUGGUAUGCCUUCCCUCGCCCCUCUGGUUCCCCCGCCAACCCUGCUAGUCCCUUACCCUGUAAUCGUGCCCCUGCCGGUGCCCAUCCCUAUCCCCAUACCCUUCCCCUUCAACCCCAAGACCUCCAAGGACAAACCCAGCAACAACAACGACCCCAUUCCCAGUGCAUCAGGGGAGGACCACAGGCCCUUCUCCCCUGGUUCCUCCAGAGGGGAUCACAAGUUUGGGCCCUCCAGUUCCGGGGUGCACUCCCCGGGCUUCUCUGGCUACGAUCUGGCCCGCUUUGGCUCUGAGAGGAGUAGGACUGACGUGGUGGACCUGACCGUGAAGACUGAGAGUCCGGGGUGUGCCUCCACCACGGCCUCCCUCCCCGAGGGCGUGAUCGACCUGACUCUGGGCCGGCGAUCGCGGCUGCAGCAGGUCAUCCAGCGGGUGGUGCCCAGUGUCCAGGUAAAGGUGGAACGAGACGGGGACUCAGCCAGCCCCCCACCUUCUGGACCAUCCCCUCUGAAUACCUCUGGGCAGGGGAAGGAGGACAGCAGCCUAGAGGACAUGAGCCAGGAGAUCAGGGAGGCCAUUAGUGACUCUCUGGAGCCAGGCUUCCUGCCUUGUAGCCAGGCCACAUCACCAUCCCCACAGCCAAACCAAAACUCCUACACUACCCAGCUCACAAAUCACCAUGGCACACCACGGACCCAGCCCUGCAGCCCACCUGCCCCCUGUGAUGUCAUAGUAAAUGGCUGCAGUCAACACACAGACGGCCCCAGCCGGAGCACGCUACCCACACCUCUGUCUGACCCUGGCCGGAGAGGAGGAGGAGGCUGCGGCGAACCAGCCAACUGCGAGCUGGAGCGGGAGGCGCUGAAGGAGAACAGCUGCUUGGUGCCAGAGUGGGAACCAGGUAAGAGGGGCCCAAGUGAGGAGGCAGUGCAGGGGGGCACUUGGGAAGGCAAGCUGGAAGCCAACGGCGACCUUAUGGAUCUGGACGAUGAUGACGACCACGCCUAUGCACUGCUGCUGCCCAAGGCUGGCUGUGUCAUCCAGCCCCUGCCAAAGUCCAGCGACAAGACGGCCAUCGUGUCAUGCAGCAUCAGCGCUCCCCUGGCAGCAGGGGCAGGGAGCCCCGAGCUGGAGCCGCCGCUAAAGAGGAGGUGCCUGCGAAUACGCAAUCAGAACAAAUGA